AUGAGUGAUAACGCAAUUGAAGACCCUAUGGAUGGAGAGUACAGCCCGGUAAGUUAAGUUUUUUUGAUGCUGCUUAUUUCUGUUGAAAAAAAAAUCCUUUUUUUUUUGAAGAGUCUUUUCAAAGAAAAAUCUUACAAAUAUAAAUAUUUAUUACAUUACGAAAGUUUAGGUAAACGAAGUGGCGGGAGGAGGAGCGUUAAGUGUAGAAGGAGCGAUGCACGAUGAUGAAGGUAAUUAUCUGGAAGAUCGAGAGAUGACCCCAGUACCUGAAGAUGCAAUUCAAGACAAUAAUCGCAACGAGACGGGUUUGAUAAAAUAGUGAAAAUUAGUUGAAAUAUCGUUUUAAGAGCGCCCUGCGGAGAAUUACCAACCAGAAUAUCACGAAGGCGAAGAAACUCCUUGGACACACGACUACAAGCCGGCGGAAGGGGCUCCUCCUUUUCGCAACGAUGAAGACUUCGGUCUCAUCGUCAGCACAUCGGCAAUUGAAAUCGAAACAUUGCUAGCCAAUUAUUCCGGGAUUCCACUUAAGAAAAGGUUGUUAUCAGAAGUUAUCAAUUUUUUUUUAUUGAUUUUUUUAUUUUCAAAUUAGGAAUUUCUCUUUUGACUUCUAUUCACGUGGUUAAAUUAUUGACAAGAUCGACAGCAGCGAUCGCGCAAAAAAAUUAUUUUCAAGUUUGGCUCCGGAAACUCAUUUUUGAAAAAUCCGUUCAGAUUUCUUCGUUUAAAAAUCUAUUUAGAUUUUUUUAUUUUACUUUUUCCUCAUGGAGCCUGUCGAAGUUCAGAAAUGCCAUCGAUUCAAUUUUGAACAACUUCCAGGCUUGAAUUCGUGAUCGACCAUUGUCCACCGUUGCGUAGAGAAGCCACAAUCGCCUUGAUCAAUUAUUUGAGAAGCAGUACGAAGGAUGUUCAAGCCUAUUCGAAGUUUCAUUCUCAACUGGAAACUCUUCAGAAGCCUACUACGUGCCAAGUUUUUCUACGGGGUAAAUAUAAAAAACUAGAGUUGAUAACAGAUUCCGACGCCAACGUAUGACAAAAAGUGGGUGGAUGAUCAGACGGUGAACAAUAGCACUAGGCAGGAACAUCUUCUCUGCGAGUACAAGAAGCAGAAAGAAGAAGGCGUCAAGGUUGUUUCAUUUAACAUCAUUUGAAAAUAGUGGAAAAAAAAAGUGAAAUUCGGGAGAUUUUAGAAAAAGUUUUUAUAAAAAUAUUUAUUUAUUUUCUCAAAUCUUUUUCAUUUUUUUUUUGGUUCAAGUGAACCGUAUUAAGCUUUGCAGGAAUCUAAAUAAUUUAAAGAAGCUUCGAAAAAUUUUUCUAACUGUUUAACCGAUUCCACUCAUCUUUAUCGUCAUUAUUAUUCGACUCAAAGCUAUAUAUUUUGGAAAAAAAAACUAUGAAGUAAACAUUUUUUUUUUUGAGAAGUCAGCAAAAUUCCAUUUCCACUUCGAAGUUUGAAUUGAUGAGGCUUUAAGAAACUACGAAUUUCCUAUUUUUAAAACAAAUUUUAAAGAAGUUGUAACAGAAUAUUCGAAGAUUAGCUAAAAAAAAACUGUUAACAAUUCUAUUCAGUAAAAAUAACGUUUUCUUAUCGAAAACAGAAAUUCCUUUUAAGGAGUCAACUCGAAGAGCGAUGGAGGAACUAUUCCAGUACUAUUUGAACACGGGAAAUGCACCGGAAGCGUCCCGCUUGUAUGGCCGGGGCAUUCGCGACUACUGCAAUCAGUUCAAGCACACAAUUCAGGUCCGCUGAUGAUUUUCAGACUUUUAAGAAAUUCUCCCAAGGGAAAAAGUCGGUGAAAAAUAACAUGUACAAGAAUGAUUUUGAAGAGAAAAAAUUGGCAUGUUAACUGGAAAUAAAUAAAUACGAUUGAGGCCUUCACGGGAUUCUGAGCCAGUUAAGAAAGAUGGUUAGGUAAAAAUUGAGAAUCGCACAAAAAAAAAUAGAAAAAGCAUUAUGAGUAAGGACACAUUGCAGCAUGGCGGAGGGAAAUUAAAUUGAUUGCAAAGAGAUAGAAAAUAAUUCAUAAAUUGGAUCAGAACAAGACCAAAGUAUGGAUACAACAUUUUGACGGAGUCUGUUAGAAAUGGAAGCACAAAAAGGAAAUUGUUUCCUGUUUGAGAGCCCACGCUGGCUUCUUUCUAGGGGAUCGCGAAUUUUUCCCGAUUUUUUUCUCGCAAGAGACCAUUUUGAACGCCUGAGUUGAUCAAAAUUUUAUGAAAAAAUGUUUUUUCCAGAUGUGGGUGAACUGGAUUGAAGUGUCGCUUGCGAUUCCGGAAUGGAGCAAAGUUGAUAGUUUGAUACAGCAAUCUUUGCGGACUCUACGAGAUUCAGAGGAAGCUGAAAAGGUACAACGUUGACCAAAAAAAAGUAUGAACAUUUCAUAAGCUUUUCCCCAAAUUAAGGCUGGCAACAACCGAGCUUCAAGACCCAUGCAAGAGCGGGGUCAUCAGACCACCUCUGGAAUCAAUAAACAGUUGGUGGAGAUCGCCACAGUGAGUGGCAAUCCAGUCGGAACGGAAGUAAAUGCUCAUUUUAGGCGAAAAUAACAGCCGCACAGGCGCUCGUCAGAAUAAACCAAGGCAACUACAAGAUGGCCGCUGCUAAAAUCCUUGAGGUUCGAAAUGAAUUGAUUCUUUGAUUUUUGACAAGUGUAUGGUAUGUGAUAAAUAAGUAGGAAUUAAUUAUCAAAUUUUAAUAUCUGCCUUCAAAGAAAUUUGUUUUUCAUUAUUCAAUAAUUAUUUUUAUGAAUUAUUUUUUCACAUGUAAGACGAUUUUAGUUGGAAUCGCUUGGCUAGAACAUAUCGAUAGGGUAUUUUCUCAGAUGACGGAUGAAUUGAGGUCAUAUUCACAUAGUGUUUUGGCAAAGUUCCCUAAAAUUCUGAAUUCUCACUAGGGAACCAAGUGAGUUCAAACUUUAGUGAUUUAUAGGCUUAGGUCUAAAUACGCGAAACACGAGAGAAUAUCUGCUGACUGAGAAAAAAAUGUGUAUAUUUGUCGGCAAAAUUUCAGAAUACUGCUUUUUUUAUCUUAUUUAUUGUUAAAUAAUCCGUUUAUGAUAUACACUAAAAAAAUAAUGUUUCCAGUCAAAAAACAGUAUGAAGAAAAGCAGAAAUUCGAUAAUUUUCAAGCCUAAACUGUUCUUUUUCAAAAAGCUUUUUCUCGGUACUUUAUUGUGUUUAGCUGAUAAUAUUUACUUUUUUCAUGUAGUCUAACCUAGAUUUUUCAACCACCUCAGUUUAAACUUUGAUCCAUGAAUGCGUAGUUCCCUAGUCAGGUGAAGUGGACGGAUUUUGGAAAUUUAUAUUAAUAUUGCUUUCGGUGGCGGGGCUGCACGUGACUCGAUCUCAUCUCGAAACAAAAUGCGUACUUCUCGAGCUUACUUCUCCUCUCAAAAAUUUUCGAGAGAUUCCGAGAAAGAAAUAAUGUAGAAUAGGAGCAGAAAGACCAAAGUUUAGCGUGAAAUGUGAUGAUCCCGAUGCACAAAGAGCAAAUUAAUCAGAGAAUUGACGGAUAAAAUGACAAAAAGUGGCCGAAAACACUCAAGAAUAGUUUUUUUUUCAUUAACGAAUCUGCAAUUUGAGUUUUCGCUCAUUUGGAAAGUUUUAUUUAUUAAUGUUGAAAUUCGAAAUUUUUUUCUGUUUCUUUCCUAUCUACUCAAUAAUGAUACGAAAAAAAUUUUUCGUUUUUUUGAUAGUUUUUAAGCUCUUUUUUUCAUUCACAUAGAAUUAUUUAUUAUGUUUCUCAAUCUCGUAUUGAUUUUCGAUACGAGCUUACUUCUUGUCUCGAAAGUUUUUUGGAAAAAUUUUCUCGUCUUGAUCUCGUCUCGGUCCUAAAAAAUCACUUCUCUUGCAAGCCUUAUCGGUUAGAUACGUUACGACCGUAUAUUCAUAUUUUGUGCCAUUUUUCAUCUUUGCUGUGUAAAAAGUCUUUUUUUUUUUGUCUCGAAAAUCCUCGAGACGAGAUCUGAUUUUUUUAUCUGCACCUUGAGACAAGACGAGAUUUUCGAUUUCUGACCAAGACGGGAUCUCGUCACAAAAUGUUUUAAAAAAUCUCUAAGACGAGAUCGGAUCUCGUGCAUCACAGUACCAAACUAACGGAGCACGUCUUCAGUUUUUUAUUCAACCUUGAAUAAAACAUCAAAUGGGCUCUGUCUAGAAGUUUGUUUUGAAGUUGACGGGAGUUGACCACCUUUCCUCCUCGCAAUGGUUCGUUUCUGUGGCGGACCUCGGCGCCUACGCCACAAUGUGCUGUCUUGCGACGUAUAGCCGUAGCGAACUCAAGCAAAAAGUCGUCAAUGAAGGCGCUUUCAGGUUUUGUUAUGAAUCAUCUUCUCAUUAUAGCACUUUGUGACUGCUAUAAGCUGAAAUGAUCAAAUUCUAGACAUGAGCUAACUCGUACUCACAAGGGAGGUCAUUUGCAGUUGGGAAGUUCUAAAAAAUCGGCCAUAAUGUUUUUGAUGUACCAGGUAGAUAUCCUGAAAGUUUGAACCUUCACAAAUACCUAAUUUUCGAGGAAUAAGAGCCGAAAGCCUGAAAAUAGUCUAUUUGAACUGGUUUGGAGGGUUUUUUUCGACUCUUAAGUUUCCUUUUUAUAAACUAAAAAGUAGUGCAAGUUUAAACACUCAGAAUUUUUUUUGGUUUAUCAAGGAGUUUUCUGACCAGUUUUCAGGAAAUCCCCAAGAAAAAAAGUGAAAUGACCUUUCUCUCAAUUAAGAUUUCUUUCUAUAUUUUCUAUAUUCAUAACUUCUCGUAGAGAUAAAAAAACAUAAAACACGAGAUUUCAUGUCCAUUUUCAUUUUACUCCAAUUUUUUUGGUAUGUGUUUUUUUUCUACACCUUCUACGUUCGAUUUUGAAUGAAAAAAAAGAAUUUUUAAAAUUUUCAGGUUUUUUUAACUUAAGACUGAGUAACUAGGGUGAAUUUUGAAUUUUUGAUUUCGAAAAGUUUUGCAAAAAGAUUUUCUGCAAAGAAUUUGAUCAGAUUUAAAAUACUGAAUGUUUAGGAAAUUACUGGAAUCUGAGCCUUUGUUUGUCGAAAUGCUCCAGGCCUUCAUCAAAAGCAAUUUUGGCCGGUGUCUGGACAUUCUGGCAGCGGUCGUUGAUAAGGUUAUAAAUGUUUCGAAAUCCAAGUGAAAUGAUUUUUUCAGCUUUCACUGGACCCGUUCCUCUCAAGACACGUGCCGGAACUGGUCAAGUUGAUCCGCGAACGCGCCGUUCUACAGUACUUGGCUCCGUUUGAGACUGUUCGCCUCAGGCCGAUGUCCGAGACCCUCAGAUGCACACAGAAAGAAGUACGGGCUGUGGUAUUUCUAAAAAUUGAAGGGAUUUCAUGAUUUCAUUAUUACUCAGCCCCUUUUCAUUUUAAACGCAAUCUCAUUUUUUUACAAAGAAAAAAACAGAAUAUAGUGAAAAACUUUGAAAAAUUUCUAUCACAAGACAUAUAAUUCAUUUUAGAGAAAUGAAAAAAAUUUUUUUUGUUUGGAAUCGACUUACUAGAUGUAAAAAAAUGUGUUCUGUGUUAACGAUUUUGAUGAAUAGAAGCCAAAAAAAUUGAAUAAGUUUUUCAGUAUUUUUACUCAGAGAUGUGUUUUUAGAUUUAUCGGGUCACAAGUGGAAAAAUUGCCUAAUCCAAGUUCCCAAAUGGCGCAGAACAAGUCUGCGCGUUUUUCUGAGAAAAACAUGAUAAUUCCCUUCUCCUGUGGGCGUUGCCGUGAAAGAAAGUCGGAGGUUUUCAGCUGGAAGAAAUAUUGAUCGAUAUAGUGGAACGGAAGAAGAUGAAUCUAAAGAUAGAUCGAAUCGGCGACAUGGUGAGAGUGACGUCGUCGGAAGCCGAAGAGUCUUCCUACCGAAGGUUUUUUCGUUUCCAAGGCUUUGAGAGUGUUCAAUGAAUACAUUUCAGGGUGAUUCAAGUGUGUGAUGAACUCGUGAACAAGGCGAGGGCUGUUCUGUACCGAGCGAUAAUGACAAAGGUUCUCUCUUCGGGUUUGGAUGUAGAAACCAAUCGUUUAAAGGAGAAUGUCGUGGUAUUGCACGACAAGGAAUCGCGAGGAAAGCGAAAGACCCAUUUUGCCGAGGGCAACCGCGGAGCGAACGCCAACAACACGGAGAAGACGACGAAACCAAAAGGAACAGCUCGGCCGAACGCAGCAGCGGCCAAGGUGCCGACACAACCCGACCCUUCUCGAGAAGUUUUCAUUCCGAAUGAUGGAAAGAAACAAGAAAGUAAAGAGAUAUCUUUAGGAUCUCCAGAGUGGCCUAUAGGGAAUACCUCUGGGGCCCUUUGAGAGUCCCCUAUAAGGACCACGAAAUCUUGAGAUAGUCUGUUCAGAUUUCAAAUGUCAAGUCCUCGCUCCAGCUCCGCCCCCCUAAUGGCGUGAUAAACCAAUCAGAGAGCGAGCCAUCCACAGAGCAUUUUCGAAUGACGUCAUUCUAUUUGACAUUCAAAAUCUGAACGGACUACAUAUUUCUCAUGAACUCUAUGUGAAGAAGCAUUUCCAUGCCAAAAACUAACUUGUUUGUAGUCAAUUUUUCCUGUUUUUGAAGGCGGGAUGAGUAGACUCACAAGCGUGAAGCGUUGCGUACGCGACGCGGCUUUUUGGUGGGACACUUGAGGUCAAACGCGAGCCAUAAUUUUGUCUCCUUUUUCGAUAAUUAGAAGUAGAAAAAUAUUGAAAAAAAAGUUUCUUUAUCUUUCUAUAAUUUUGUUGGACCUAGAGUUUCCCGCUAAAACGCGAAAUAUUGACUAAAGUUCAUUCCGCCAAAAUACCAUACGCCAAAUUAGAUCGAAAUUGAGAAUCUUCGCUUCAAUACCUUUUGUGUAUGCUGUCUUUUCAGCAGUUCUGUAAAGCAAAAUUUUGUAUUUACAGUAGCCUUUUCUUUUUUGUACUUUUUAAGACUCGCACGGAUCGCACUAUAUUCGAAAUAAAACUCAAGUUUCACUUUUUCCAACAAAGCUUGCUUCCACACAAAUUCCUAGUUUCUUAGAAAGGACAUCUGAAAGUCGGAGAAAGAUUUGUUGAGGUUGAGGCUUUCAGAAACUUUUUUUUUCAACCCCCGCGUAAAAUGAACUCCCUUGUAAGUUCCAUCAAUCGUUUUUGGGUUUUCAAAAUUUCCAUUUUUUUUUCAAACAUUUUUUGCGCUCCUAUCCAAAAUUAUCAUAAUUUCUUUUUUCAAACGAAAAAGAACAUUUUGCAGCCAAAUGAACCUCAAGUGCCCCUGGAACAUGUCGCUGAGCCCGUUUCGGAAAUGUUUGUGGUUGAGGAACCAACAGUUUGAGAGCAACAUCUGGUUUGACCGUAUUUUACAAUUUACGUGUAUUUUUCGACUUCUGUUGUUUAUUAUAUCUCCCGGCGUUUUAAAUAAACUAUGACCGCAUGAUUAUUUUUCGUGGCGCCGAUUUUCGAAAGUUUGAAAAGUCGCUAAAGUUUUUCAGUCGUCAGGAGCUGCAGCCGAAAUUAAAUAUGGUGAGAUCCAUUUUUUUGAUUAUUUUUUUAAGUUUUCUGAAAAAAAGUUCAGUUCAAAAAAAUUGAAAAAUUUUUUUCAUUUCUUUUUUUCCCUGUAACUAAAUUUUUUUGCUGAUAAACUUUUUUUUUACAAAUCUGAAAUAACGUAAUGAAAUUUUUUAAAAGUAUAAAAGUCGAAGUUUUUCAGUUGGUUUUUUUGUUUCAAAUAUAACACCACCAAUUUGGUUAAUAAAACAAUAAUGAAGAAGGAUGAAAAAAAGAACUUUUUUUUGAUGAAAAAUAAAAAUUUGACCAUCCCGUUUGUUUUGAACGGCGUCUAUAGCCCAUUCAGCGCCAGAUUGUCACGUUUUUUCUCUCUGAAAAAAAUACCGUAUACCAGAUUAAAUCGAAUUUGGCUGUACUUCGCUUCUAGACCAUUGUUUUUUGCACGUUUUCUGCACUAUUAAAACGUGAUAUUUUUUUGUUUUCAUUUGUUUUUACCGCUUCUCAAGUGUUAUUUUCAAGUUUUUUGAAUGAAAUUUUCCACCAUGAUUGUGAGAUAGUGGAUAUAAAAUCUAAUGGCUGAGUUAUAAUAAUAAAUAGUCUCUGAAGGGGCCUGACACGAAAUUUGAGUGGGCCACGACAGCUGUGUGGGAAAGCUUCCAUCUUUUUUUUGAAUGCUUUAAACGUUUCUUCCGCUAUAGUGCAUGUUCAUGCUUCAGCCACUUGAUAAGCCUUUUUUAUUUUUAGUCGCUCGAUAUUGUUUGAAUCUGUGAGUUUUCUGAAAAUAAUCGGUAAUUUUGCAUUUUUUUUUUCCGCUUUCUCCUUGCAAAAAAAAACUGACAAACUUGUUAAUUUUUGUAUAGGGCUAUAAAAUAUCAUCAGAAAAAGCUACCUUAACAGCUUUCUCUGCACUUUUGCUCUACAAAACAGCAAAAAAAACAAAGGUCUUAGGGUCAAGUUUGAUUCAAAUACGGUCUUUUUGACAGAAAAAAAAAAUUUAACAAGGCGGCUUAAUGGCUUCAGGUUGAAAAAAUAUUCUGAAAUGGAGUAAGUAUGUUUUUGAGACAUCUUUUCACGUUUCGUAUCUUAUAAAAAGUUUUGGGAAAAACGGCAUUACCAUACGUCUGAAAGGGGGUUAUUUGUCUUUUGACCAUAUAAGGUGGGAGAGAGGGGCGAGAAGAGUGACCUGGCUGAAUGCCAUUGCGCGCGUCCCUUCCACCAUCUUUUGUGCUCCUCGUUUGCUCUCUACGUCUCCUCACAAUUUUUUCUCGAUCAGCCUUUUUAAGGCGUGAAUCAGUUUUUUGGUAUAGCAUAUUCCGCGCCAGCUUGUCACGUUUUUCUUUCCGCCAAAAAGACCGUAUACCAAAUUAGAUCAAAUUUCUGCUUUUAUAACGGCAAGAAACAAAGGUCUUGAAGCGAAUUUGUUCAAAUUUUACCUGGCCUUUUGGUGGAAAAAAAAACGUGACAAGCUGGCGCGGAAUGACCUAUAGAACUGAAUUACUGUUUUUCAAAUACCGACUCGUAAAUAUUUCAAAUGACCUUUUUUUGGUAGCUCGUUUUGCGUUACAGUGGAACGGUAUCUUACGAAAACCCUUAUUUCGUGUUAAAAGUAAUUUCCUCGAAAUCCAAAAUGAUCUUUGGCUCUCCAAAAUUCAGUCAUCUUUUUCUUUUUUGGACGACUGUUUCGAGUUCCUCGGAAUUAUCUUGACCACGGCAUAAUUCAUACUUUUAGAUUUUCCUACAGUUUUUUCCAAGACUUUUCUUUACACAGACUAUGCUACUACAGCAAACCACACCUUUCAGAUCGACAAAAUAAAAACGAGGUGAAGUUUUAGGGAAACAUGACAAGUAUAGUAGCGACGCCGUCAUGCUCGAUGCACACGCCGGGAAGUCCCCGACGGUCAAUCCGGUCUCUAGAUUCUUCCGGAAAUCGGUCUUCGACGACACCUCGCUCCAACACGCUGCGGUCCUCGUCUUCCUCAUUGGAGGUGAAAGACUGAUUCCUUUCAAAUGACAUAGGCAAAGUUGGAAAGGGUCGGGUCGGAAUAGGCUCCAUAGAAAUGUUCCUUUUUUGCGCCAUCUCAUCGGCUCUUAUGCAUCAUUUUUGCUGUCUUUUUGAGCCUCUCCCUUUCAGAGCUCAUUAUCCACCAUUCCGACUAUAUCUGAGGUUUUUUUAAAUUUCAUUGGUUAACCUGUAUAAUGUAUCCUUUUUAAUAAAAUCGGCGGGUGAGACUCCUCACUGUUUGGAAAAUCUAACUUUUGACGAUGAGUUUCGGAUAAAAUCGGAUAAAAUUUCAAUUGGAGGAUAAAAGUGUUAAAUGCUCAGAUAUACAGAAAAAUUUUAGGAACGUCUGAUAUCGGUAAAGUCUAAAUUUGGAGCUGACUACCGCAGAUUUUGCAUCUCAAUCGGAGGCGGACGAUCUUUGCCGACAUUCGAAGAUUUUCAGGUUGAGAAAAAUCUCGAAUAGACUCGGUUUAAGAUUUUCGUUUUUCUCAGAAAUCACUUCAUGACGUCCAUAAAUUGACCGAAAAUCAAAGAACGACGACUUUGUUGACUUACGUGUCGCUCGACGGGACCGUCCUGCCCUUGAACAACAAUGAAGUAAGUAUUCCAUUGGUUUCUUGAUUUAGGGAGAUAUCAUGAUUUUUGCAGAGUCAGAGACUAUUUUGAAUUUUUGUGUUGAUUAAGUUUGACAGUUUGAGAGUUUUUAGUUUACAUGAUUGAAAAGAAAGAUCUUUUUUUCUAUGUAUCUGUACUACAUCGGCUAUUUCGAAUUGGAUAGGGAAUAUUUCUAGCAUCCAGUUUAAAUUAUGCAACUUUUUAAAGUGAACCAUAGGGCCUCCUGAUUCCAAAAAAGGCAAAAAAAAAUCUAGCAAUAGGUCUUGUUUUCGAAUUAUGGAACUUCACUGUUCGCUAAUUACGCAAAUGGGGACAAAAAAGCGCUAUUUCAAGCUUUUGAAGCGUCUUAACUUGAGAACCAGAUCUACUACCAAAAACCAGGAAAGGCUAAAGUAGACUUCAGAAGAAUUUCAUGAAUAGUUCAGCCGGGGACUAAAAACGUUCCUCAGCGAGUGAAACUCUUUUUCCUGACGCAAAAAUCUUCAGAACUUUCGGAAGGCCAUGUUAGACGGAGCGACCAGCAGACAGUUGCGCGUGGCGAUCGGAAACAAAGGCGAGAGUCAGGAGGAGGAAUUCGGUUAUGGAGUCGUCGGCCACCGGCUCAGCUCGCGUCGCAAGAAAGUGUCGAUCUCGGCGCCGCAGGAGUUCAGGACGGUCUCUUCGAUUCUUGACGUCGAUACGCUGCCCGGGGAACUUCGACGCGUCCGCCUCUGCAAGUUCUACAACAACAAGCCGCUCGGGUUCUUCAUCCGCGACGGUCCUUCCUACCAGCGGCCAGCCGGCUGGUCUCCCUCCGCCUCUCGUGGCAUCUUCAUCUCUCGCCUCCUGCCGCACGGCCUCGCCGCCUCCACCAACUUGCUGCACGUAGACGACGAAAUUCUCGAAGUCAAUGGCAUUGAUGUGAGUUUAAUGGGUUAUUUUCAUGCUGCUGAGGGUAGAUCCGAGGCCUCAGCGGGUGUCCCCCUAUUAAAGCUGAGCAGGUAGAACUUUUGGCAAUUGUUUCAUCAGCGGAAAUAAACACAACUGGUACACUUCUUUUCCCCCCGUUUUGGCACAACGGUGACACAAACAGCCUAAAAUUACGGGUACGCCCGUUGAGACUUUUGAGAUUUUCAAAUCGAUCAGUCUAUGAAGUUGGUGAAAAUCAAAAAGUUUCCAUCCGACUUAAAAAAAAAAACAUUUUUUCAAUUAAAUGGGAACUUUAUCGACAAAAAAACGAAAUUUUCAGAAUAAAAGAUGUCUUUUAGGUGAGCGGUAAAACAUUAGACCAAGUGACGGAUGUAAUGAUUGCCAAUUCGGCGAAUCUCAUCCUGACCGUCCGGAUUGCUCGAUCUUGGACUCCUCCUACCUUCGUCCCAUAUCCAGUGAUGCCACCGCCAUACGGGUAAUUAUAUCGGUCCUCAUGGAUCUCACUAUGAUGGUUUGGUUCAAGAAAGUAAACUUCAAGGAUUCAAAAACGAUUCUCCUUAAUUAGACUGUAAACUAGAUUAAAGUUGAAAGCUUCCCACAAACGAGCUCUUUUUUCCAAAUAUUAUCAAUUUCAUAAUUGAACGGAUUGGAAAUGAAUUAUAAACUGCGCGUCAUAUUUAUAGACCAACCAGGUGUUAACUAUUUUUGAAAAACCGGUGAAAUUUGCAGAAGGAAAGUUAUUUUGUGAAAAAAAAGCAUCUGUCUCAUGCCCGCAGGUGACUAGGGAAAAUGUUCUUAGGAACUCCAGAGUGACCCAUAUAGGGGCAAUUUUGAGAACUUUUGAAGUAUCCCCUCUAUGGACCACUUUACCAACUCCUAUAACUCUCUGGAAUUUCCAAGUUGUGUUAUUUUUAGCACGUUUUUUUUUCGAAAUUUCAUUCAUUAACUCAAUUUCUUUAUUCUGAGAACAAGGCAAAUGAUUAGGGUCUCGUUAGGAAAAAAAAAUCGAGUUAAGAUUGCACAGACAACAAAGCGAGAUGACCGUUGAAGUAGGAAAUUGGGGGCACGUGUUGCUAGAGAAGUUUGAGAGAAUAAAAAGCACUAAGAAACGAAAAAUCUGGGGUACAACCAUGUUUUCAACGCACAGUAUCUGUCUACUUGCUCUCUAAAACUGCGUAUUGAAAAACAACUUUCAGAUUCCAAGGAUCAGCCGGCUACUACCCACCUCCUCCCGCCAUUUUCUGUCCGUUGCCUUCGUACCUCCCGUCCUCAUUUCAAUCUCCCACUCGUUUCUGCAGGAACUACCCUUCCUUCAUCGAACCGUGAGUUGGAAUUUCAGCACUUUUCAGCGGAUUCAAGCUAACUUCCAAGAAAAAAAGUUAAAGACUUUUUCUGCGCCAUUCUUUUUUUGCGAAAUCGCGCGAAAUAUUUGCACACAAUUAAAAGAUUUAUUAUUGUUUCGUUUUCAUCUGGGACUCCUGUUUAAAAGUAGAGAAAGAAAUAUUCGAGUGCUCAUUUUUAAAUUGAUUCCGAAAUGAUUCGCUUUUCGUCCUAAAUUGUAGUCUGUGUGCCACGACUUGGAAUUUUAUCGAACGACAUUUCGCUGUUCCGCUGCGUGCCUUUGCGCGCCUUUAAUUUUUCAUUUUAUCUAGAAACUCGACCAACACGUGUUCCUAGUGGAACAGUUCAUCCAUCAGAAAUGAGAACCGAUUUAAAGCGAGGCCGAGGCUCGCAAAGACGUUUCGCGACGCAGCGGAACGGCGGAAUGUCGUUCGGGAAAAUUCCCAGUCUUGGCACACAGACUAUAGAGCGCAAUAGAAGAAAAACUAUCUUUUUUGUUGAAUUUCGCACUUUUUCAAGUUUUCGAAACUUCAGUCAAUCUUUUUUACAAAGUUGGCUUAACUUUCAUUUUUUAUUUCCACUUCCUACUGAAUACUGGUCCAAAUUCGAAAAUUACCUUGAAGCUGCCACAUGGAAGAGCCUGGGCCGCUUUACUGGCCGAUGAACUUCUCGCGAGAGAGCACGUGGCGGCUCUCAUCGGAAGGCAAACGGACGUCAUCCAAGUCGACGACGCCCGCAUCGACGACGCGGACACAGCCACGACGUCCUUUUUCUGUUCACGAACCCUUCAACUUUGCCUACCCGCAAUCACCUUCUCUGCCUUCUUUUUAUGGACAUUAA